AUGCGACCUGUGCCGAAAAAAAAGCAAGCUAAAGAAGCAGAAAAGAUGAAGCUUUGCUCCACCAAACUUAUCUGUGGUCUCACUAUAAUCAUGGCAUCUAAAGAUAUUAUUCAGAUAUCAGUACCCAGCAUCGAUAGACCGUUUGGGUUAUAUCUUUGGCCCCUUUUCAACUAUGUUUUCCAGUCGAUAGUUGGAUAUCAAGCAGAUGAGUUUGAGUUCAUUAAUGGCAAAACCUUUUUGGCUAAUGGAUAUCAUGCUAUUGGAAUCAUUGUGGUGUAUUACAUUGUUAUCUUUGGAGGUAGAACUUUAAUGAAUAAGCUCAAGAUCAACGCGUUGAAGUUGAACUUUUUAUUCCAAUUACAUAACAUUGUUUUAACCUUGAUCAGCUUGGUUCUUUUGCUUCUUAUCAUCGAACAGAUUGUUCCCAUUUUGUAUUAUCACGGAUUGUUCUAUGCCAUUUGUGAUGCUGGCGCCUUCUCUAGACCGUUGGUAACGUUAUACUACUUGAACUACUUGACUAAAUAUAUGGAACUAAUCGAUACCGUGUUCCUUGUGUUGAAAAAGAAGAAGUUGUUGUUCUUGCACGUCUACCACCAUGGUGCUACCGCAUUGUUAUGUUACACUCAAUUAACUGGUGUCACCUCUGUUGAGUGGGUUCCAAUUUCUUUGAACUUGGCCGUCCACGUCGUGAUGUACUGGUACUAUUUCUUAAGUGCUAGAGGCAUUAGAGUGUGGUGGAAGGAAUGGGUUACCCGGUUCCAAAUCAUCCAAUUCUUAAUUGAUUUGGUGUUUGUUUAUUUCGCCACUUACACUCAUUAUGCUUAUGCUUAUUUCCAAUGGUUACCUCAUGUUGGAGAUUGUCAUGGUAGUGAGACCGCCGCUGCUUAUGGUUACUUGAUUUUGACUAGUUAUUUGAUCUUGUUCAUUCUGUUCUAUAUCAAGGUCUAUAAGAAGUCGUCCUCUAAGAAGAAGUCUGGCAAUGCUGCUACUGCUGAUUCCUCAGUUAAGGAUUCCGCUGUGACUUCUGGCGCCGCUGGUGUCUCUACCACCAAACCAAAGUCAAGAAAGGCUUAA